AGGGAUCGCCGCCAGGAAAAAAAUCUAGCGCCCCCGCCCGUCCCCCCCGCGGUUCCUUGGUGUGGUAUGGUCGGUCACGGAGCUGUCCCCGCCAUCGCUGUUAUCCUUGCCACUGCCGAACGGAAACAUUGGUGACGUCAUCUCGGCUGGACUGGGAAACCGGCUUCAGGGGGCGGAGGGGAAGGGAGGAGGCAAGGAAAGAAGGAAGGGGGAGAGAGAGAGAGAGAGGACGGGAGAGGGGGCACCCUCCAAGUGAAAGCUGGUUUUGGUAGCUUACACCGUACAUUGCAACCUCGUCUUUGCGGUCGUGCUUAUUUUCUCGGCCGCGCUUGUUGUUACUUGGCGGGAAACUGACAGGUGGCUUGCGAGUGGACACGUGGUGCGGCCUGACUUGAUUAGUUAAGAGGAUUCCCCUUAGUGUAAUCAAUCAACGGCCACGUGUGAGACGCGAGGAUGACAGUCAUGAGUGCCGCCGUUGCAGCUGCUGUUGCUGCAGCUGCCGCCGGGCGGCAGGGGCUGGCGACAGGCGUCGCGCUCAAUAAGUGCACGGGGUCGUCGUUAAGAACAGUUAAUCUGCGCUGUCCGUCAAACCGAGUGUCAACGGUCGGAACGUGUCGAAGCAAGAGCCACGUAAGCACCAACAGCAGCAGCAGCGGCGGCGGGGACUGUCAUUCUCACGCGGUGACUGUGCAUGUUGGUUGGCCACUGGCGAGCGGCGAACGGGAGGGGAGCAGCAGCAGCAGCAGCAGCGGCAGCAGGCGGAGUCGCGGCCGGCAUGAUCGCUUGCAACGCGCCGAUGAUGGCCUUCACCAUGACGGGCUCGGCGCGCUGCAUCGACAUCGGCAUCAGCGUCACCGGAGGAAUUGCCACGUGUCGUCGGCCAUGGCGGAUGAAGAUGAGCACGUCGCCACUGGCUCCUCUGCUCAUCGUCGUCACGAGUUGGGAAUGGCGGGAGACGGAAGGGACGGCGGCAGAAAUGGCGGGAAAGUGAUUGGCGCGGUCGAGGGGAGGAGAAGAAGGGUAAUCAUGUCGGCUUCGGCGGUCUCGUCGCCUCGGCGUGAAGAGCGGGCAGGGGACUCUGUCGGAGGUGCUGCCGACGUGGUUAAGGGUAUGGAGGAAGCUGUGCAGCCCAUUGACAGCUUGUUGGAGGCCAGAAAUGCAGGCACUUUACUCAUGCGUGCGGCAAGUGCUCCGCCCAGUAUUCCUGGCGGACUGUCUACUGAUCAGUUGGAUUUCCAGCGUGCCGGGAUGAUGCUGCCCAUCAUAACAGAGAUAGCGGAUCUGAUGCCUCGUGAACUGCCGCGGUGGUGGGUGAUGCGCCGUGCGGGUGGUCUGUGGGAGGAUCUCCGAGUUAGAGAUGAUGCUGAAGAAGAUCAUUACAUGGCACUUCUUCGUAUGAAUAGGAGCACGUUUGAGAUGCUCGUACAGAUUCUGACGCCUCACCUGCAGAGGCAAGUGACCAGGGACACUGCUGCAUUUGAUGCACGAUCGAAGGUUGUACGAGUGGAUAACGAAAGUGGGAACGGAGUGCUGAAGACCAGGAGAAUGCGGGUGAUGGUUGCCGCCAUGGGCAGGACAUGGGAGGAAAGAUACCUCGUCGCCCAGGCAGAGAUGGCUGCCCAGCAGGAGCUGCCCAACGAUACUGAAGCCACACUAGAGUCCAGCAUUGCCGACAGCGGGCCGCCAGUAGAAGUGGAGUCAUUCCAUUGGACUCCCAGCGAUACUGAAGCCACGCCAGAGUGCAGCAUUGCCGACAGCAGGCCGGCAGUAGGAGAAGUGGACUUGUUCCAUUCGCCUGCUGUUUCCGUCACACCGCCGUUCUCCACUCCACCCGCGACUCCCCGAGUUGUGUCCCCGAGUAUGUACCACACUCCGUCCUCGAGCCUUGAAGUGGCCAUCAACACGGUCUUGGAGAAGUUACGUGGUCUAAAGAUUCGAUGUCUCUGGCGCGGAGUUAUUAUGUAGAGAGAGAGAGAGAGAGAGAGAGAGAGAGAGAGAGAGAGAGUAUGAGUGGACUUUUCGUGAACACAAAUUUGGAUGAAGCAGUGAUUAUCAUGGCAUAAUCAGGGUGCUAUCGUGUUUUAUUUUCCUUAUAAUUUUUGUUUUGUAGUUGCUCAUCUUGUUUUCCUUCUGUCAGUGAAUGUUUCGGAUGUGAAUGAUUUUUAUUUUUAUAUUUUCUUCUGUCGGUGUUCUUGCAAUUGUCUUCCUUUCAACUUUUCUUUUCUUUUUCUUUUUUGCUGCUCGCUUGAGGGCAUACUCCUGUAUGCAUAUGGCUGCAAUUGAAAG